CAGACGGGAAGCGUGAUUUCUUAAUGGUAAAAUCGUGCAGUUUGUUUUAAUGGUUAAGCUUGAGUUAAGCUGAACAGUAAUGCAGUAUUCUGAUGCGAUUGGGGCUCACUUGGUUUGGGAUUUCUUCUCUAAAUGUUGGAGACCAGAUUUCAUCCUCAAACGCGUUAAUAUCAUCUAACAAUGCGGAUCAAUCUGUGUGUCUGCUGCUACCGAUUCAGCCAGGUUUGCUCCUGUGCUACCAGAGCUGGCUGAGAUGGACCACCAUGAAAAGCAAGUAUAGUGCAACAAGGUCAAUAGGCUCCAAGGUGCAAAUGCUCCUGAUAACAUGGCUGAUGCAUAAUAAAGAAUAAAAUAGAUGCAAAUUAAGGUUGUCAUCAACUCUCAUUCCUCUAUUGUUGCACUAAUGGGGACCUAAGACCCACCACUGGAUUUCUUCAUUGAAACCUCGUCUCGUCAUCAGCUGCCAUGCGGAUCAGUCUCUGCCAGGGCCUGUUAACUGGCGCCAUCAUCCUGAACCUCCUCAUUCUCUACUAUGUGUCCCGGGCCCAGCAGCAGAUGAUGGAGAAAAGGAAGGAGCUCGGCCGGGGCACGAGGAGGGCUGCCCUACCAGCCUCCGGUCUGGGAGGAGGCCUGGGGGCACUUGUGGGCACUGGAGGUGAGCCUGGAGGGGUCGGAGGUGAGGGACACAGUCGUGGCCCACGUGUGACUGUUCUUCUGCGGGAGUUUGAAAACUUUGAGAAUUAUGUUGGGGAUGUGGCGAAUUCCUUCCUCCGCCAGAGACCUGAGCUUCCCUUCCUGGCUGUGGCCGACACGUCACCGUACCCUCCCUUGGUGCUUCCAGAGGGCGCACGCCUUCUAGUGCUCACCCCCAGCCCGGACCAGCCACCGCAAGCUCAUAGGCCAGAGUUCCACGUCCAGACAGAGUUUGUGCUGGUGGUGCCUGAUGGAGUGGAGUUGGAGCAACCUCGGGCGAUUGAGAGGCUGAUCAGGGAGCUGGAGGGUGAGGGUGGGGGGCCCGUGAGGCUGGUAGCUGCGCCCGUGCUGGCUCGAUCUGCUGUGCAGUGUCUUCACCUGCGGGUGAACCUCAGAGAGUGGACAGCCACCUACUCGCCAGCUGCGUCCGGGAGCAGCGGGAGCGUGUGUACGGCUUUACAGGGAGAUGCAGUUGUCCUCAUUCGCACAGAGGAUCUUUUUAACCUCUCUGUGCCUCUGGGGAGGCCCCUCUUCUCCUCGCUCUUCGUCCAGACUGCCUUGAGAGGCUGGAAGGUCAAGCUGCUGGAGAGCCCCUGUUUCGCUGCAAACCACCGGCCACUGUUCAGCUCUGCUCACAACCAGUGGAAGGCUGACACUCGGCUGAAGGAGACAACAGGGAAGCUCAUGAGGAGCUUUGGUCUGAAGCGUCUCCUGCUGCCUGAUGGGAAGGAACAGUGGUAUGGCUGCAGUAAAGAGACGCCUCGCUGCUUUGGCACAGUGCAGGAUGACACUCCAGACUACCUCUAUCUGGAUCGCUGGACGCCUCCCUGCUGUCUGCGUGCUCUCAGGGAAACCACCAAGUAUGUCAUCAAUAUCCUGGAGACCUCAGGCGUACGCUACUGGCUCGAGGGGGGGACUCUACUGGGUGCUGUCCGCCAUCAGGACAUCAUCCCAUGGGAUUAUGAUGUGGACCUGGGCAUUUACCUAGAAGACGUACCCAACUGUGAUCACUUGAAGAACCUGGACUCAGGUUCUCUUGUGGAUGCUAAUGGCUAUGUCUGGGAGCGCGCAGUGGAAGGAGACUUCUACAGGGUCCAGUACAGCGAGGCCAACCACCUGCAUGUUGACCUUUGGCCGUUCUACCCACGAAACGGCGUCAUGACCAAAGACACAUGGACAGAGCACAAACAAGACGUGGAGUUCCCGGAGCACUUCCUGCAGCCGCUGGUGCCAAUGUCUUUUGCCGGCAUCACUGCCUACAGCCCCAACAACCACCGAGCUUUCUUGGAGCUCAAGUUCGGCGAGGGGGUGAUUGAGAACCCUCAGUAUCCCAACCCUUCGAAAAAGAGGCUGGACAGAAGCAAAUUAUAAGAGACGAUAAAGAAGUGUGUUUUAUGUCGACUGUUCAGAAAAUUCUGCCACUUUUUUACGAAAAACAGACUAAAAGAUGAUGCUUGGAACUAAUGUGGUGCCAAAAUGACUGCAGUUGCUGUCAAUUUUAAGACAGCUAGAUCAGUAUUUGGAUGUUAAGUCUAACAUUGGACUGCCUAGAAAGAUUUAAAUCAAUACACUAGUGAGUUUACAUCAGGCAUAUCUUUAAGACUGGCUGGCACAUGUUGUACGAAAUCUGUAUGUAUUGUACAGCAAAGUAUAAAUAUGACUGCUGUGAAGAUGUGGAUUCUCACUAAAAGCUAGUGUACAUGAUCUUAAACAGGAUUUAAGGUUCUGUACAGAUUAUCUGUGUUACAUAAGUGCUUUUGCCCCGACAGGUGUUUUAUGAAUUUCUUGACUGUUGUAUUGAUUUGCACAGGUUUUGUCAGUUUUGCGGUUUAUGAAUGGAUGUUACUGUAUAUCGAUGCCAACUGGUAUCUGACAGCUGUAGCGUGGUGUGUACAUUUCGAUGUGGUGAAAUGAGAAACAUACCAUCAUUCGUCCGUAUGGAGAGGAUGAUCAGGACUUCGAAAACUUUUACUGAAACAUAAAUUAAUUAAUAACCUUUACCAAAAUUAAGUGUGUUACUACUGAGCAUCCAUUAUGUGUUAACUUAAAUGAAAUUUUAAUUCAGCAGGGAAGUCGGACAUAAAAACACACAAGCUUCUCUGGGUAUGACAUGUUUCCUGUAGCGUUGUUACAUGUGUGAUGUAUCAGUGUGUCACUCCAAGUCAUGAGCCGGUAAAAUAAAGACGUCGU